CGCGGCAAACUCACUUGCAGGCUACCGCGACUCGCGAUGUUGCAACGCACAGUGCGGUGACAGGAUGGAAAGCGAAACUGGGAUGGUAGGUUUCGUUUCCAGAGUAUCUGCCGUUGGCAUUUGAUAAAUAGAGGGGCUGCCUGCAGAGCAGCAGUCAGAAGUCAAAACAUCCUGCUUCCCCGCGUUUCGGCUGGUCCACCUGAAACCCUUCAAGUAUCUGGACUUCGAGCAUCAUGAGCAGAUCUACAGACUGGGCUCCUUCCUUAUGGCUGGAAACCUUUGAUGAGUUGCUGUAUGAGGACAAUGAGCUAGACUAUGGAGACCAGUGGACUCUCAACUUUAACUACAGUCAGACAGACACAGUCACCAAGGAGGAGAGGAAGAAAGGCUGGAAGGUCUACUGCCACUGUGCCUAUGGAAAUUUCCAGUGCACAUCCUGCUCCAAGACCUGGCCAUCAGCACGGGUGGUAGUGUUGUUCCGUUACCGGCUGCGGGGUGGCCGGGGGACAGUGAUCAUGCGGCCCUUUGGUCAGACCUGCCGCCGUUGCCGAGACGAUGAGUUUGACCUGCCUGGGUUUUCCAAGAAAGAGGUGGAACAUGCCUUGCAAAGGCUGCUAGCCAAAAUCCGGAAGAACUGCUACGGGGAAGAGGACGAUGACGAUGAUGGUGGCUCAUCAGCCUGCUCUACCAAAGUGUGGACCAAACCCCAUGAGAAGAGCCUGUGUGAGGCCUGCAUUAUGGGCAUUUGCUGUCAGGAUGAUGACUAGAAGUGUGUGUGUGUGUGUGUGUGUGUGUGUGUGUGUGUGUGUGUGUGUGUGUGUGUGUGUGUGUG